AGAAGUUCCUACACGAAAAAUAUCGCAACAUCUUUGGAAGUUCAUUAACUCACAGUAAAAGCACAUUUUCAUUAUAUGUAUGUCUCAUCUCAAACCUCGAAGUCCACCAGUGAUACAAAGUGGGUGAUAUCAAGUAGUUAUGGCACAAGAUUCAGAGAAAAUUUGUGAAGGUGCUUCGGAGUCUCCAACGACCCCAGUUGGAACACAAGCACCAGCACCAGCACCAGCACCAGCACCACCAGAGAGUGAACCCAAAAGCACUUCAACUCAAAGAAUCAAAGCCACAAGGCACCCUAGAUGGACAAGGCAAGAAACACUUGUUCUGAUAGAGUCCAAGAAAAUGGUGGAAAAUGGAGAACAAGUUUGCCGAUUCAGAUCAGCAUCAGGGUGCGUUCAAACCGAUCCGAAAUGGGACAUGGUGUCAUCACUGUGUCAGCAGAGAGGGGUGAAGAGAGGGGCUGUUCAGUGCAGGAAAAGGUGGGGCAAUCUUCUCACUGAUUUCAGGAAGAUCAAGAAGUGGGAAUCUGGUGUAAAAGAGGUGGAGAGUGAGUCGUUUUGGAUAAUGAGAAAUGAUGUGAGGAAGGAGAAGAAGUUGCCCGGGUUCUUUGAUUCUGUGGUGUACAAUGUUUUGGAUGGAGGGGUGUGCACCACUGUUGCAUUUCCCUUGACACUGGUUAAGAUGGUGCCAAAGGGUGAGAAUGGUGUUGUUGUUGAGGGAGUGUCUCAUCAUCAGGAACAGUGUAAGGAGAACGAGGAGGAAGAGGAGGAGGAGGAGGAGGAGGAGGAGGAAGAUGAGGCGAUUGUUGAUGCUGAGAAAAUGGGUUGGAGCACUGAGGAGGAAAACAUGGAGACUAACAUCAAUGGUUUUCUUAAAACACCAACAGGUCUUCUUAUUAAGGAAAAAGGUAUUGCAGGGAGGCUCAAGAGGACACCCAUACUCACAUUGCCUACUCCAGAGAAACUACAGCAGCAGCCAUCUUACCAAGGGAACUACGAUCCUGGUUUUCAGAAGGAACCUAUGUUCCAAGAGGGAUACAAGAGAAAGAGGUUACCGUUGGAUAGUAGUGAGGACUGCACAGAUUUCAACAGCAACAUUACCAAUCUACUAAGGAGGAACAGUGACAUGCUAAAAGCCCAUCUUGGGGCUCAGAACAUAAAUUACCAAUUGGCCAGGGACCAGCAGAAACAACAAACUGAUAUUAUAGUUGCAGCCCUUGGCAAGCUCACAGAUGCCCUCACAAAAAUUGCUGACAAGCUGUAAAUGAAUUCGCGUCACAAGACACAUGAAAGAUCUUAGGGGCUUCAAACCUACCUAUAAGGAUCUGCAUAUUACUGUUAAUUAUGGCAUUAGAUUUCAUUAUCAUCAUUUCCCCCCCUUUUAAUUAGUACUUCUCAGUUUUUUUACCUCAUUUUUUUGGGGAAAACUAGUCUUUGUUUUCAUGCAGUUGAUGUUUAUUCUUUCAACUCUA